ACAGGGUUUCACCAUGUUGGUCAGGCUGGUCUCGAACUCCUGACCUCAGGUGAUCCACGUGCCUCGGCCUCCCAGAGUGCUGGAUUACAGGCAUGAGCUACCGCACCUGGCGGCAAGACUGCUUUUAAAAAGGGAGUUCUACUGCUUAGAAAAAGUUCAGAACUUUUUAAGCAGUUGCUAAAGUCCCUCUUACCCUGACAUGUGUGCUCUCUGGGGCGGGGAGGGGGCACGGUGGCCAGAGCUAGUUUGCUGGAGGUUUUCACAUAGCCUGGAAGCACGAUGCACUAGUGGACACACCUGAGCCCCAUGUCUUGGGUUCCUCUGUGGUGAGACCCCCCUACAGGGAGAAUAGACCCCUGGGCUUCAGGGAGAGCUCUCUGGGCUGUCCCAGGAGGCCACUGGACUUGUCACCUUGAGAUCCUAGAUCAGCAUGGGCAGGAGGUGGGUCCUACCACCAGACUGAGGCAGGAGGAGUUUCCUGGAUGGGAGGGCCUCCUCUGGAGUACAGGGGCUCUAGCCCCAAGACACACCUUGGCCAUGUGCACUGGAAGAGUCCCCCAGGCUACCUGAACACCUGGGGUCUGGGUACCAGAGGAAGGGCUUUAACCUCAUGCAUCCACUGGCAUAUCAGAGUGGGGCAGGAGACCCGGGGCCCGGAGAGGUGGUGAUGUGGGGUGGUCUCUGUGCCUAGGGAAGUGGACACAGGGUGAGUGCCACAGGGGAGGUGCUAAGGAGGUCCCAGGGGAGGGCCCUAAGGUCCAACAGUGCAGCCACUCCCCUCAACUGUCACCUCUUUGUUGUUUUUGGCAACCUGCCCAGUGGGGCCUUGGUCAAGCUGCUGCUGGCCUUGCAGCUCUGGGGCCUCAAAGUGAGGCCCUCAGGAGGGAAGGCAGGAGGGGUCUGGAGACCAGUGGCUGGAACUGCAGAUCCAGGCUUUUAGGCUCUGAGAAGGUCCCUUGUGCCCAGUGGGAAAUGUCUGUGGGGAAAGAGGUUUUCCUUUGGUCCUAUAGGGGAGAAUUCACCCUGUGCAGGGUACAGGCACAGUCACAGCAUGACUGGGGCCUGGGAUUCCUUGUGAGGCCCUGGCACUGUGCCUCCUCCCAAGUCCUCUGAGAAGCUGGUGACAAAAGUGAGAUUACAAGACAACAUUUGCAAACCUUAUAGUUUAUGAAAUAUUAUAAUUUCCUUACUUGCCUCUGAGAUAGGUAUUUCAAUAUUCAUUCUGCAGAUAAGGAAAGUGAUGCUCAGAGAGGGUUAUGACUUGCCUAAAGUCACACAGCCAUAGCAUGGGAGAGCAGAGGCAAAGUUGCACCCUGUUCCCUGUGCUCUGCACUCAGCUGCCCAUCAGAAUUCCCUGUUCUUUUCAGAGAUGGAGGUCUCACUUUGGGAGGUCGAGGUGGGCAGAUCACUUGAGGUCAGGAAUUCGAGACCAGCCUGGGCAACAUGGUGAAACCCUAUCUCUACUAAAAAUAUAAAAAUUAGCCAGGCAUGGUGGACCCAGCUACUCCAGAGGAUGCGGCAGGAGGAUCUCUGGAAUCAGGGAGGCAGAGGUUGCAGUGAGCUGAGAUCACACCACUGCACUCCAGCCUGCGCAACUCAUCAAGAGUCAGUCUCAAAAACAAAACAAAAUAUAGGGAAAGAGAUGGGGUCUCACUAUGUUGCCCAGCCUUGAACUCCUGGGCUCAAGUGAUCCCCCCACUUCAGCCUCCUGAGUGGCUAGCACUGCAGGCAAUGCCACCAUGCUGGCCUAGGGAUUGUUUUAAAAGUACAGACUGAGCCAGAUGCAGUGGCUCAUGCCUGUAAUCCCAGCACUUUGGGAGGUCAAGGCACGUGGAUCACCUAAGGUCAGGAGUUUGAGACCAGCCAGACCAAAAUGGAGAAACUCCAUAUUAGCCAAGUGUGGUGGCACACACCUGUAAUCCCAGCUACUUGGGAGGCUGAGGCAGGAGAAUUGCUUGAACCCAGGAGGUGGAGGUUGGGGUGAGCCUAGAUCACACCAUUGCACUCUAGCCUGGGCAACAAAAGCAAAUCUUCGUCUCAAAAAAAAAAUAAAAAAUAAUAGAAGUACAGACUGGGCCAGCUAUGAUAGCACACACCUAUAGUCCCGGCUACUCAGGAGGCUGACACGGGAGGAUAACUUUAGCCUAGGAGUUUGAGACUGGCCUGGGCAACAUAGUAAGAUGCUGUCUCUACAAAAAAUUAUGAAAUUAUCUGGGCAUGGUGGUGCAUUCCUGUAGUCCCAGCUACUCAGGAGGCUGAGGUGGGAGGAUUGCUUGAGCCUGGGAGGUCAAGGCUGCAGUGAGCCGAGAUCAUGCCAUUACACUCCAACCAGAGCAACAGAACAAGACCCUGUCUCAAAAAAUUAAACAAAUAGAAGUGCAGACUCCUUGGAUUCCCCUGAAAAUCAGACUCAUCAGAGGACCUGGGACUCUGAAUCAGGACGUUCUCCUGGUGAUUCUAAUGCAGUUCUCAGAAGUGGGGCUGGGGACUCUUGCUCCAUAUCACAAGAAAGCAAAGGAAACUGCUACAAGGGAGGUGUCAGGACUCCCCUUUUUCCUUCUGAGGGGUAGCUGGAGCUUUAUAGCUAUCCAGAGAGAGAGAGAACAGAGAGGCGGGAGAUGCUCCCUCAGCCUCCUCCCUUUGAUAUCUGGCUGAUUCUCUGCCCUCACCCAGGUCCCCUUCAGGGAGCAGGUGGCUGAGAGAAGAGGGAUACAAUUAUCCUGCCCCUGCCCCCCCAUACCACUCCCUUUUCCGAACAAUCUCCUUCUUUGGCCAGAGGAAAUGGGGUGUGCUGGGGCGGCCGGCUGAGCUCACAUCCUCUGCCCGGGAGCCUAAAUCAGGAGCCACCCUUCCACCCCCAGCGCCAGGCCCGGGAAGUAGGUUGUACCGCAGAGGAAGUGCCUGGAACUGGGACCCUCUGCCCUACCGCCAAGGUCCCCAGCCUGGUCAUUCUGGGCCUCUCCCCCACCGCCUUUCCGGCCAUUGUUCUGGAAAGAACAGAGCCACCCAGCCUGGCCCUUGCCCUGUUCCUGUCCCGCCUGUCACAUUGUCCUGCCCCUCCCUGGAGGAACUGCAUCCCGCCACCCAGCUGCCUCAUCCAAAACUGUCCAGGCUGUUGGAGGAGGAGGGCUGAUGGAAGAGGAGGCAGCUUGAAGGGCGCUCUGUGACUCUUCCCUGCUGACCUUGUAUUCACUGGGACUCAGAGAGAGCUCCUGGGAUCCACAAAGAGGCUCAACGUGAACUACCAGGAUGCUGAUGGAUUCUCUGCCCUCCACCACGCCGCUUUGGGGGGCAGCCUAGAGCUCAUAGCCUUGCUGCUAGAGGCUCAGGCCACUGUUGACAUCAAGGACAGCAAUGGCAUGCGCCCGCUGCACUAUGCAGCCUGGCAGGGCCGGCUGGAGCCUGUGAGGCUGCUGCUGCGUGCCUCCGCAGCCGUCAAUGCCGCCUCACUGGAUGGGCAGAUCCCCCUGCACCUGGCCGCGCAGUAUGGACACUAUGAGGUGUCAGAAAUGCUCCUCCAGCAUCAGUCCAACCCAUGCCUGGUCAACAAGGCCAAGAAGACACCCCUGGAUCUGGCCUGUGAAUUUGGCCGACUCAAGGUGGCCCAGCUGCUAUUGAACAGCCACUUAUGUGUGGCACUACUGGAGGGUGAGGCCAAGGACCCGUGUGACCCCAACUACACCACACCCCUGCAUUUGGCUGCCAAGAAUGGCCACAGAGAAGUCAUCAGGCAGCUCCUGAGAGCCGGGAUAGAGAUCAACCGCCAAACCAAGACAGGCACAGCACUCCACGAGGCCGCACUGUAUGGCAAGACCGAGGUGGUGCGGCUUCUCCUGGAGGGAGGUGUGGACGUAAACAUCCGGAAUACAUAUAACCAGACAGCGCUGGACAUAGUGAAUCAGUUCACCACCUCCCAGGCCAGCCGGGAAAUCAAGCAGCUACUUCGGGAGGCCUCAGGGAUUCUGAAGGUCCGAGCACUCAAAGAUUUCUGGAACCUCCACGAUCCCACUGCUCUGAAUGUCCGGGCAGGGGAUGUCAUUACGGUACUAGAACAGCAUCCCGAUGGCCGCUGGAAGGGCCACAUCCAUGAGAGCCAAAGGGGCACAGACCGCAUAGGCUACUUCCCCCCAGGCAUCGUCGAGGUGGUCAGCAAGCGGGUGGGUGUUCCUGCAGCCCGCCUUCCCUCUGCACCCACCCCCCUGCGCCCAGGCUUCUCCCGGACACCGCAGCCUCCUGCUGAUGACCCCUUGCACCCUCUUACCUGUGGCCAGCUUCCUCGGAUGGGCCUCAGCCCAGACAGCCCAGCAGGUGACAGGAAUAGCGUGGGCAGCGAGGGCAGUGUGGGCAGUAUCCGCAGUGCUGGCAGUGGGCAGAGCUCCGAGGGCACUAAUGGCCACGGCCCUGGCCUCCUGAUUGAGAACGCCCAGCCACUGCCCUCAGCCGGAGAGGACCCGGUGCUGCCGGGACUCCACCCACCAUCCCUGGCAGACAACCUGAGCCACCGCCCUCUGGCCAACUGCCGCUCUGGGGAGCAGAUCUUCACCCAGGACAUGCGGCCGGAACAGCUGCUGGAGGGGAAGGAUGCACAGGCCAUUUAUAACUGGCUGAGUGAGUUCCAGCUGGAGGGCUACACUGCCCACUUUCUGCAGGCCGGCUAUGACGUGCCUACCAUCAGCCGCAUGACGCCUGAGGAUCUGACAGCCAUCGGGGUGACCAAGCCUGGCCACAGGAAGAAGAUCGCCUCAGAGAUUGCUCAGCUCAGCAUUGCUGAGUGGCUGCCCACCUAUAUCCCGACGGACCUGCUGGAGUGGCUGUGUGCACUGGGGCUGCCACAGUACCACAAGCAGCUGGUGAGCAGCGGCUACGAUUCCAUGGGGUUGGUGACCGACCUCACCUGGGAGGAGCUGCAGGAGAUCGGGGUCAACAAGCUCGGGCAUCAGAAGAAGCUUAUGUUGGGGGUGAAGCGGCUGGCAGAGCUUCGGCGGGGCUUGCUGCAGGGAGAGGCCCUCGGUGAAGGCGGGCGCCGGCUGGCCAAGGGUCCAGAGCUGAUGGCCAUCGAGGGGCUGGAGAAUGGAGAAGGCCCAACUACUGCCGGCCCGCGGCUUCUCACCUUCCAGGGCAGCGAGCUGAGCCCAGAGCUACAGGCAGCCAUGGCAGGGGGUGGCCCUGAGCCACUCCCCCUCCCACCUGCCCGCUCUCCCAGUCAGGAGAGCAUCGGGGCUCGCUCACGGGGGUCUGGCCAUUCACAGGAACAGCCUGCCCUACAGCCCAGUGGUGGAGAUCCUAGCACCCCCCAGGAGAGGAACCUUCCAGAGGGCACAGAGCGGCCCCCUAAGCUUUGUACCCUACUUCCUGGCCAAGGACCCCCACCCUAUGUUUUUAUGAGCCCCCAGGGCUCCCCCUCCAGCCCGGCCCCAGGGCCACCUCCUGGCGCACCCUGGGCCUUCUCCUACUUGGCUGGGCCCCCUGCCACUCCCCCAGACCCGCCUCGACCUAAGCGCCGGUCCCACAGCCUGAGCCGCCCUGGCCCCGAGGAGGGGGAUGCCUCGGGGGAGGCCGAAGGGCCAGUGGGCAGUGCCCUGGGCAGUUAUGCCACCCUUACCCGGCGGCCAGGACGUAGCGCCCUUGCCCGGACCAGUCCUAGCACUACCCCGACCUCAGCUCGGGGGACUCCUCGCAGCCAGUCCUUUGCCCUGCGGGCUCGGCGCAAAGGCCCCCCACCCCCACCCCCUAAGCGCCUCAGCUCUGUCUCUGGCCCUACCCCAGAGCCACCACCCCUAGACGGGAGCCCAGGGCCCAAGGAGGGGUCCUCAGGGCCCCGAAGGCGAACACUGAGUGAACCUGCUGGUCCCUCAGAGCCCCCUGGCCCACCUGCCCCAUCGGGGCCCUCGUCGGACACAGAGGAGGAGGAGCCAGGCCCCGAGGGGACGCCCCCAUCUCGGGGCAGCUCAGGGGAAGGGCUGCCGUUUGCAGAGGAGGGGAACCUGACCAUCAAACAACGACCUAAGCCCGCUGGUCCCCCACCCCGAGAGACACCCAUGCCCCCGGGCCUCGAUUUCAACCUCACGGAAUCAGACACUGUUAAGAGGAGGCCCAAGUGCCGGGAGAGAGAGCCGUUGCAGACUGCCCUGCUGGCCUUCGGAGUGGUCAGCGCCACACCUGACCCUGCUGCCCCCCUGCCCUCUCCAGCUCCUGGCAAGUCUCCUUCAGCUUCUCCUAGCCCUCCUCAGCCUGAGCCCAACAGCCUUCCAGCCCAAGGAGCCCCAGCUCCCCUUGUUCCCAGCCCCACCACACAGCCCUCAGUUCUGCCCUGCCCAGAGCCAGGUCUGGAGAGCUCAGUGGCUAGUCAGCGGAAUGGGGAGACAGAACCCCCAGCCACCCCUGCUGCCCUCCUCAAGGUUCCUGGAGCAGGAACAGCCCCCAAGCCUGUAUCGGUGGCCUGCACCCAGCUGGCAUUUUCUGGCCCAAAGCUAGCGCCCCGGCUCGGCCCCCGUCCAGUGCCUCCUCCACGGCCUGAGAGCACGGGGACUGUGGGCCCAGGCCAGGCCCAGCAGAGACUGGAGCAGACCAGCUCGUCCCUGGCAGCUGCGCUGAGAGCUGCAGAGAAGAGCAUUGGCACUGAAGAGCAAGAGGGUGCCCCCAGUGCCUCCACCAAGCACAUUCUGGAUGACAUCAGCACCAUGUUCGACGCCCUGGCAGACCAGCUGGACGCCAUGCUGGACUGAGCCCUCCAGCAGAGCCCACUAUGACCUGCCGACAUCCACUGCCUUUGCCCCAGCACAGAAGAGGCCCCUGUCCUCUAAAAAAAAAAAUCCUAGGGAUGGGCCAAGGGCUGGUUAGGCUAAAGUGCCCCUUCUAACAGAGCCCCUUCCCACUGUAAGCCAGCAGCUGUGGGUGUCGCAGCUCUUGUGGGACAGGCCCACCUUAUCAGAACCUGACUAGCCAGGGACCUCCACUGCAUCUCAGCUAAGUCCCUCCCAGGGUGAGGCCAUACAUUCAAGAGUCCUGCUCCUGGACAGGGGCCCUGGUAAGAGCUAUCUCCUCAGGGAGGAAGGGGGGAUGGUAAGGCUUUGGGGGUGCUUUCUCUGUAACCCCCAGCCUGUGUCCCAAGUCACUGUGCCAAGGGAAGCCUCUUUCCACCCACCGUGCUGCCCAGGCCCUCAGAGGCCAAAGGAGACAUGUGUCUGGCCGGGCCCCCCCUCCAUAGGUGUACAGAGGACAUGUAAAUACACAGCUUCUGCCCCCGCCUUCCCUCGCUGAGGCAGAGCUGGCAGGGGUGGGAGGCAGUGGGGUUAACAGAUCCCACAAGUCCAACUUUUCAAUUGUAAAUAUUAUUUUUUAAGCAGAGAGAAAUGCAUAUAUUUUAAAUGGAAUUUAUUCUAUUAACUACCUGAGAGGAUGCAAUGGGAGAGGGGCCUCAGACCACAGCAGAAGCCCCCACUGCCCACCUGAGGGCUGGGAGCCUGACCCCGUUGGCCCAGGCCCUGGCUCUGUAACCAUUAACCUCUUGCCCUAACUAACACCAAUGAAAACACCAUUCCACGUGA